UUCAAACCUCAUGUGUCACAGAGAAAAUUAUAGACACUGGAGUAACACUUGAGCCUAGAUCCAUAUUCUAUACUUUUUUGUCUAGCUCUUGUCUAUGUGUGUGUUUUAAAGGACCAAUUAAAUUCACAGAUCAGUGCUUUGGAAUAAUACUGUUUGGAGAAGACUUGCGAGACAGGACCAAAACUUUGAGUCUCGCAAGCUCAGCGUCAUGCCGGCUGGGUUUCAGCAGCUGGGAGGGGAGAAAAUAACUGGAACCCUCGCACUGUCAGUGUUUACUGCUGUUCUGGGUUCCCUUCAAUUUGGCUACAACAUUGGAGUCACCAAUGCUCCACAGAAGAUCAUUGAACAGGACUAUAACUCAACAUGGAUGGAAAGAUACGCAGAACCAAUCCCUCCACAAACUCUGACAUCUCUGUGGUCACUCUCUGUUGCCAUCUUCUCCAUUGGGGGCAUGCUGUCCUCCUUCUCUGUGGGAAUCCUCUCAGAGUUCUUUGGCAGGAGGAAAGCAAUGCUUAUCAAUAACGUCCUUGCGUUUAUUGGUGGAGGCCUGAUGGGAAUGUCCAAAAUCAGCAGGUCAAUUGAAAUGAUGAUUUUAGGACGCUUUACCAUUGGGGCAUAUUGCGGGUUUGCGUCAGGAUUGGUGCCCAUGUAUGUUGGUGAGAUCGCCCCUACCACUCUAAGAGGAGCUCUGGGCACUCUGCACCAGCUGGCCAUCGUCACUGGCAUUCUUAUGGCCCAGAUCUUAGGACUGGAGUCCCUGUUGGGCAGUGAGCAACUGUGGCCGGUACUGCUGGGUGUUACCGUACUCCCUACAAUCCUGCAGAUGACGCUAUUGCCUUUCUGUCCUGAGAGCCCGCGAUUCCUCUACAUUGUCCGCUGCCAAGAGCACCAUGCAAAAAGCGCUUUGCGGCGUCUGACUGGCCGUCUGGAGGUCAGUGAAGACUUGGCUGAAAUGAAGGAGGAAAAGAGAAAGAUGGACAUGGAGAGAAAAGUAUCCAUUGCUGAGCUCUUUCGCUCUCCUCUGUACCAGCAGCCCAUCAUCAUUUCUAUUCUGCUGCAGCUCUCUCAGCAGCUGUCAGGAAUUAAUGCUAUCUUCUAUUAUUCAACUGAUAUCUUCAAAAAGGCUGGGGUGGAAAGUCCAGUGUAUGCCACCAUAGGUGCUGGAGCUGUCAACUGUGCUUUUACCAUAGUCUCGCUUUUCCUGGUUGAGCGUAUGGGCCGCCGGACACUCCACAUGCUUGGACUUGCUGGAAUGUGUAUCUGUGCCAUCAUCAUGACAAUUGCCCUCACAUUACUGGAGACUGUGCCAUCAAUGAGCUACCUUAGCAUGAUGGCCAUUUUUGGUUUUGUUGGCUUCUUUGAAGUGGGGCCAGGACCUAUCCCUUGGUUCUUUGUGGCUGAACUCUUCUCACAAGGUCCCAGACCAGCAGCCAUGGCAGUAGCAGGCUGCUCCAACUGGACUGCCAACUUCCUCAUUGGCAUGGGCUUCCAGUAUGUUGCUAACCUGUGUGGUCCAUACGUUUUUCUCAUCUUCGCUUUGCUCCUCCUUUUCUUUCUGGUCUUCACCUUCUUCCGUGUUCCUGAAACGCGAGGCAAAACUUUUGACCAGAUCUCAGCCACCUUCCACCGUCAUCCACAAAACAUGAUGGACAUGGACCUGGACAUGGAUCAGGGGAAGCACAGUACAGAACUGGACUACCUAGGUUCUGAUGGGACAGAGAACUGAGGCUUGAGAGCAAGAGAGAUGGUGAAAGGGGGGCCAGAAUGACCACAACUGGCCGUUCUUGAGGCUAGGAGAGAAAAAUGGGAUGGAUACCAAAAACAAAACAUUACUACUCAGAAGUAUGGUGACGCAUUGCUGCCACACACAUAUU